ACAAGCGCCCAGCUGAAGUCGGAGUUUCGGACUCCAACGCUAAAGUUCAAUGUAGAAUGUGUUGACCGUGCCCGGGCCGCACAAUCACCAUGUCGUCGUACGGUCCACGCCCGUCCCAGUUAUGCCUGCUCUCAUCGCUGCCGCGGAAAGAGACGGGGGAUAAAGUUCGAUUCUUAGGGUGUGUAACAUCCUACUCGCCAGAGUCUGGACUUUUGGCGCUGGAGCACCGUUUGCCGGAAGACACUCACUCCGUCCUCACCUUCGUGGAUGUGAAAUUGGUUCUCGAAAGCCUCGGAUCGGAACAGACCCGCGUGGGAGAGUGGGUAAAUGUCAUCGGUUAUAUCACUGAUACCGCUCCGAUAACCUCAAGCGGAGAGUUAAGCCGUGGAAGCCUUGCGGUUCAUACUCAGGCGGUCCUUCUGUGGUCGGCCGGGCCCUUCGAUAUACGCAGAUACGAAACAUCGGUCAAGGUCAUCGAGCAAGCUACCCGAGCCACGGGCCGCGUCACUUCUUGAUCUACACUUUUCCCAUCAAACGGCAUUACUCGAGGUAUCGUCACCUGGUGUGGCACUGCGAGACAUGCUGCCUCAAUCAUUAUCCGAGGAGAAAAUCCUC